UGUUAUUUACACAUACAUUUUUGAAGAUAAUAUAAUAAUAGUGUACCUAAUUUUCUAUUGCGAUGAGUGCCUUUGAGAUAAAUGUGACCCCUUCCCGACUUAGGAAAAAAAAACGCCUAGAAGGGCGCGAACCAACUGUUGUGGUCAUGGCGCCAUUUUCAGCCAAAGCUAUUGUUCAAUUCGAGGAUGUGCCUAUUUCCAAAACAGCUAAAAGAAUUUUACGCGUUCUAAAUACCAGCGAUGAGGACAUAGAGGUCAAAGUAAGCCGUCCCAUAAAACAAGAGCAUCAUCUUUGUAUUCAGUGGCUGCAGCACACUAUUCCCAGGUGCGAUGAGGUAUCUAUGGAACUUGUGUGGAAUCCACAGAAUGAAACUGCAUGCAAGGAGACUUUACAGCUGCUUGAUAAUCGCAAUUUCCGGAAAGACGUUGUGGUUAUACUAAAAUCAAAACACAAUCAACCCGAAAAGCUUGCACGAAAAUUUCCCACUAUAGGUAAAAAGCUGCAGCUAAAAUCACCCACUGGUAACCGCAAAUCACAAAAAUCCGUUACAUCAACAAUGUCUAAAAAAGAAUCUAUUAUUACGCACGCACGAGCUACAGUUUAUAAGUCGGCCCUUCAUAUUGGUACAUCAACCGUUUCACAAUCACCACUUAUCGAACGCAAUAUAUUUAAAUCAGCAUUAGUAAAUCCCGCGAUCCAAACGCAGCACGAGCAGCCCGUAGCUCAAUCACAUUUAUUACCGCUUUCAAUUUGCUCCAAAGAGAAUGUCAGUCCUGUUCAACCCAGCAACGUCCUCAGCAUAAUUGAGAAGAUGAAAUUUACUCCAUUGGCUGAUAAAAAACCCGUAGCUACAUCUACAGCUUUCAUAGACAACCUGAAAGCCUGGCCCACACCUACAUUGGAGAGAAACAUAGCACGUCAGGUUGACAGCAACGAUAUAUGCCCUCGUAGUCUGAAUCCUGCGUUGGCUGAGGAAAUCAUGGAUGUUUCCUGCUUGUUAGCUAGUCAAAUGGCAACAAACAAAACAUUCGAUAUUAAGAUAUCAGAUUCAAUUAAUUUGUCUGUGGAUACCUUGCACUCCAAAAAAGAUGAGAUAGUGAUGCAUACGGCUAAUGAGACUUUAAACCAAACAACAACUAUUUUGAAUGCGCCAGAAUCGCAAGUAUUAAGUUGCAUAAGUGAAGAAGAAGAUAUUCAAGCAGCCAAUAAUUAUAUGGUAAUUAAAGCACAUCCUGAAACUAGAGCACAUGAUAUGAAAAAAGAUAUACAAUUAGUGGGGUCGCCAUUGCGAAAGUACUCUGAGUCAAUGAAAAAUUUAAAUCUGUUGUCUCCUCAAAACAAAAUUGCAAUUCAGGGUUCGAUGCCAAAUCUGAACGAAAUGCUGCCACUACGAUCUAUAGAACAAAACCGUUACUAUGAGAAUCAUCAAAUAUCUAAUGAUUUAAUGCAUCGCAAGAUGCCAUUCCUAAACAGCUCAUCUAGCAGUGAAGUGAGCAUUCUAUUGCAUCACGAUGUGCAAUUUAACCAAUACGAGAUUUUAGCCCAAUCUAGUCGCUUCAACCUACAUGAAGUCGGUAGUAAAACAAAGCCUAUAAAUCAUGCGCUCCAAAGUAUCAAGCGACGCUCAUGCGAGCUGAGUCUAUCAGAUGCAACCAGCAAUGAGACCUUACAUCGCAGUGAAACAAUUAUUAUCUCACCGCCCAAGAAGCAACGCUUUGAUGUGGUAAUUAACACACCAAUCAAUUCGUUAAGGCCGGGCAUUAGGUCAUGGCCGCACCCACAAUCUAAGAAGAUUAAGAUGCCACAAGGGUUUGAUAAAAAGCCAAUGGCUACAAUUAAUGCGAAAGAGCAGAAAAUCCAUACAGAAAAGCUUUAUGAUACCGCCCUGUUUUUGCAAUCGUGUAUUAAUCUCGAUCCGUUUGCAGCCAGUACAACUGCUGAUCCAUUUCUAGCAGCAACCAUUUAUCUUGAUGAACGCUCUGUUGAGCGGCAUCAAAUUGAUUUUAAAAAGUGGUUAAAUGCCUUAGUUAGCAUUCCUGCUGAUCUCAAUGCAGAUUGUAACAACAAAAUCGACUUUGGAAAACUAUUUAAUGAGGUUCGAAAUAAAGAAUUUUCUUUGGCACCUACUAAAGAAGUUCAAUCGAUGACUUAUUUAACCAACAUUCGCCUGGAGUCAUUACGUCGAGCUGCCGUUGAAUUAUUUUUAAGCGAGCCAAUGCGUCUACCAUGUUCCAAAGUGGCUGUUUAUAUACAAAAGCAGGCAAUCCGCAUACGCUUGGAUCGUAAUUUGCAUCUGGAUGUUGUCAUGCAGCGUUCAAUGCUUGAGUUGCUGCUAUGCUUUAAUCCGCUCUGGCUACGACUUGGCCUUGAAGUAAUUUUUGGUGAAAAAAUUCAUCUGCAGUCUAACCGCGAUAUUGUUGGACUAAGCACCUUCAUUCUGAAUCGCUUAUUUCGCAACAAAAGUGAUGUUAGUCGAUUUAGCAAAGCGUUCAUGCUUACCGAGCAGUAUUCGGAGGCAAUUAAAAAGCACACAUUGCAAAAGGUACUAUUUUUGUUAUUGUUUCUCGAUCAAGCCAAGCAGCUUCGUAUAGUAAAACACAACCCAUGCCUAUUUGUUAAAACAUCUCCAUACAAGGAGACGAAAGACAUACUUCUGCGAUUUUCCUCAGAGCUUUUGGCAAACGUUGGCGACAUAAGCCGGGAGCUGCGUCGAUUAGGUUAUGUUCUUCAACACAAACAAACAUAUCUCGAUGAAUUCGAUUAUGCUUUUAAUAAUCUGGCAGUUGAUCUGCGAGAUGGAGUGCGGCUGGCGCGUGUAAUGGAGAUCAUUCUUUUGCGAGAGGAUCUUACUAAGCAGCUUCGAGUUCCAGCUAUUUCCCGUCUGCAGAGAAUUUAUAACGUUAAACUAGCUUUGCAGGCCUUAAGUGAUGCCAACUUUCAGCUGGCCGGGAAUAUUUCGGCGGCGGACGUAGUGGAUGGUCAUAAAGAAAAAACACUAUCACUUCUCUGGCAAUUGUGUUAUAUGUUUCGUUCGCCCAAAUUUCAUGCUGCUGCACGUGUGGUGCAACUGUGGUGGCGUCGUCGUUGGUUAAGCGUCAUUAUAUAUCGUCGCAUUUGUUACAAAAAGCACAUGAUCAUAGAACUUGCUACCAUCCGUAUACAGGCCGUAUUUCGAGGACACCAGACGCGCAAAAAUUUAAAACUCUACAAGGAAACACGAUUGCUUGCUGCAAUUGUUUUACAAAAGCAUACGCGUAAAUUUUUGGCGCAGAAGCACUUUUUUUAUGUGUAUAAUUGCAUAUUACGCAUUCAGGCUUGGUGGAGAGCUCAACAACUGGGCAGCAGUUGUCGCCAAAACUUUCAGCAAUUGCAAAAUUCAGUUUUAUUUCUGCAACGCACAUGGCGUCGGCGUAUUUUUGUACGUCAACUUCAGUCUGCAAUGCGUAGUGAACGAUUGCAACGUGAACAGAAACAUCAAGCAUCGGCUAUUUGCAUUCAAAUAUAUUGGCGAGCGCACUGCCUUUCCCAGCGAGAGAGACAGCUUUUUAUUCAAAAGCGUAAUGCGGUAAUACUAUUGCAACAACGUUUGCGGUCAAGGUGGUUAAUGCAUCAUUGCCGUAGAGAAUACAAGCAGAUGCAACGAUCUGCUCUACUUAUACAGCAACGUUUUCGAGCUCAUCAAAAGAUGCUGCAGGAAAAACGUGCCUAUGCAAAAUAUCGUCAGUGUGUAGUAAAAUUACAAGUGCAUUGGAGGGCCACACUAUAUAUGAGGCAAGCGCUCAAAUUCUAUCAAAAGUUAAAAUUCAACACAAUUGUAGUACAGAGAAGGUGGCGUGCCCGUCUGCACAUGCAACAGUUGCGAAUGAAUUAUCUUAAGCUUAAGCAAUGCGUCACUCUCUUGCAACAACGCUAUCGUGGCCGUCUGGCUAUGCUCAAGAUUCAGUCCAUCUAUUUUAAAGAUCGUAAAUGUGUUAUUAGACUGCAGCAGCGCUGGCGAGCAAUUUUGGAGAUGCGUAGGCAGCACAUCUUUUAUCUGAAACUUAAAUUUUACACAAGUGUGAUACAGAGGAAAAUUCGGACAAGAUGGCAAAUGCACCGAGAAUGUCAAGCUUUUAAGCAGCUUAAAUGCGCUGUGAUUCAUGUACAACAACGGUGGCGAGCUCGUAUACUAAUGCGACAGCUAAGAGCGGACUACCAGCGGCUUCGAAAUGUAGCAAUUUACAUACAGCGCUGCUUCCAUGCAUUAAAGGCCAUGCGCCAUCAUCGUAAAGAGUAUCUUGCAAUCCAGAAAGCCAUUUCUUGCCUGCAAAUUCACUGGCGCAGCUAUUUGCAAGCAACGGAACAACGUCAAAUGUACAUUAGUCUACGUCGAGCAACCAUCACUUUACAACAACGCUUUCGUGCCAAAAAGUCUAUGCGCAAGGAAAGAAACACUUAUAUACAGUUAAGGGUGGCAGUAGUUCAGGUGCAGCGGCGAUUUCGCGCUCAGGUAGAGAUGCGUAAACUAUCUGGGGUCUAUCAAUACCAAUUGGAGAUUAUUGUACGUAUUCAGCGUCAUUUUCGGUCUCGGUUAAGUAUAAAAGAGAGUCGCUCACAGUUUCAACAAAUGCGUCGAGCAGUGCUAAAUAUUCAACGUUGGUGGCGUGAAUUGCAAAAAAUGCGUCGCAUUAGAAAGGAUUUUCAACGUAUACAGUGGGCAAGCUUGUUGCUACAGAAAAAAUGGCGAGCCACAUUAUUAGCUCGCCGCCAACGAGAGAAUUAUGUUCAUAUGGUUCAACAGGUGUGCUUUUUGCAACAGCGUCUGCGCCUAUUGAUUCAGAUGUGGCAUCAACGUCGUCAGUUUAAGAGCUUUCGGCAGUCGGCUAUUGAUCUGCAACGACGUUACCGCGCCCAUCGGAUCAUGAAUGUUACCAGAACAAAAUAUCAGCGGCUUCGCUCAACUGUAAUAUGGAUGCAGCUAAAAUUUCGGGCAAAAAAAAACAUGCAACAGCUGCGUGCUGAGUUUUUAAAAAUACGCAACAUUACAGUACGUUUACAGCAAAAGUUUCGGGGUAAACGCUUAAGAGUUACGUUUCAACAUCUGCGAAGUAGUACUCUAUUUUUUCAGUCACAUGUACGUGGUUUUUUGGCACGAAAAUAUGUCCACACGCUUAUGACGCCUGUAAUGAAGGAACAUCUGAAUCAGAAGCGUGCGGCUUUGGUUAUACAGCGCUAUUGGCGUGGUUAUCGUUCGCGCUGUCAUCUACGAAACGCGGGUCUGCAGCUUAUACGACAGCGUCUUACAAAGCUGCGUCAAAGAAGUGAGGGUAUGAAAACAGUGCGCGCGAAGGUGCAGGAACUAGUUCGUGUACUACGUGGACGAUUUGUAGCGUCGGAGGCACUGGCAGCUCUUAAUCACUUAGAUCGCCUCUCGCGCACGGUGCCUCAUUUGAUGACGUGCUGCUCAGAGUUUUUAUCGUCGUUUUGCUAUGGUAUCAUGGCACAGGCAAUACGUUCGGAGGUUGACAAACAGCUAAUAGAGCGAUGCAGUCGUAUAAUUUUAAAUUUAACACGAUAUAAUUGCAACACCUUUCAAGAAAGCGGUCUGGUGACCAUUGCGCAAAUGUUGUUGCGCUGGUGUGAUAAGGAUAGCGAUAUAUUUAACACUCUAUGCACGCUAAUUUGGAUUUUUUCCCACUGUCCUAACAAACGCAAGAUAAUACAUAAUUAUAUGACAAACACUGAGGCUAUUUACAUGGUACGUGAAACCAAGAAGCUUGUCGCUCGCAAGGACAAAAUGAAGCAAAACGUACGAAAAGCAAUCUGUGGACGCCAUCAUCAAAUAGAAAAUUUUAUGACCGCAAUGCCUCAAGUGGAUCCAGAUUUCGGUUUUAUACGGCGGAAUCCAUAUAUAUUCAUAUCAUCAGUGUUUGCAUUUGAAACGAUUCUUAGCAAGCUUGAAAUUAAUCUUUUUUAGGCAUACCAAUUAUCGUACUACAUUACCCAGAUAUCAAGGAUAUCUCUUAAAUUCAUAGUGAACAAUUAUCUUAACUUAGAGCGUUAUUUGAAUUAUUGUUUUAUGCCCUAUAAAUAAUUGAAAAAUCUCGAUUAUGCUUGCACAUUUAUUAGGACUCAAGACGCUUGCUUAUUAAAAUAUAUACACAAAUUUAAUUAUAUACAAAAAUGAACUACAUUCUUUAAAAAUUACAAAUAAGCAUUGACAUUUCUUGGAUAUAAGUACAUACAUAUUUUAAAGACCAAUCGUGUACAUUUCGAUACAACGACUGCGCUGUCUUGACUGACUGUCGCAAUGCUGUAAGCUAGAUCUAAAUCCCAAUAAAUCUUUUAAGUGUUCUUAAUACGUUAUAUUUUAGACCAUUAAAAUUCAAUUUCAUUUUUGACUUUUACAUCAAGAAUACCUACAAUAUAACUAGCCAUAGAUUAUAAGCUUUAAGAGCAAAAUUGGAAACAUUUGUUAUAUUUUAACACGAAGCGCACACAUACAAAAACGUUUUUAA